UUGUACUUAACUUCAUAUCAUAGUUUUAAAAAUUGGAAAAGCUCGUGUCUUACUUUAUUAAGUUUGAUACGUCUGCUGUUCUUUGCUACCUACUUACUAACUAUUGUUUCUAUUUUGAUGAAAAUACAUCUUUAAAAACAUUUUAGUGUUGUUUCAACUGUAUUCAGAAUGCCAUCUGACGCAAAAAAGAGACAGCUACAAAAAAAGAAAGAUGCAGCGAAAGCACGACAAAAUAUUAAACCAGCUGGAUCUAAAACUGACAGUAAUGGAGUAUCAAAUGGUGAAGACAAUGUUCCUAUUAGUGAAGAAGAAUUGCUCUGUAAAAAGUUAGAAGCUGAUGCAAAAUUAAAUGCUGAAGCUCGUGCUUGUACUGGUAGUUUAGCAUCUCAUCCCAGAUCUAGGGAUAUUAAGAUUGAUAAUCUAUCAAUAAGUUUUCAUGGUUGUGAACUAUUACAAGACACUAUGCUGGAGUUGAAUUGUGGACGUCGUUAUGGUUUAAUAGGUUUAAAUGGAAGUGGAAAGUCAACUCUACUAUCAGUAUUAGGAAAUCGAGAAGUGCCAAUUCCUGAACAAAUUGAUAUUUUUCAUUUGACUAGAGAAAUGCCAGCAUCUGAAAAAUCUGCACUCAAAUGUGUUAUGGAAGUGGAUCAAGAAAGAAUUAGACUUGAAAAACUUGUCGAUGAAUUAAUAGCAUGUCCUGAUGAUGAAUCACAAGAACAAUUAAUGGAUGUUUAUGAAAGAUUGGAUGACAUUAGUGCUGAUACAGCUGAAGCUAGAGCUGCUAAUAUUUUACAUGGUCUUGGUUUUAGUAAAGCAAUGCAAAAUCAAAAAACAAAAGAUUUUUCAGGUGGUUGGAGAAUGAGAAUUGCUUUAGCUCGAGCUUUGUAUGUCAAACCACAUUUGCUGUUACUUGAUGAACCUACUAAUCAUUUGGAUUUAGAUGCAUGUGUUUGGCUUGAAGAAGAAUUGAAAUCGUACAAGAGAAUUUUGGUUAUAAUAUCUCAUUCUCAAGAUUUUUUGAAUGGUAUAUGUACUAAUACUAUUCACUUGGAUAAAAAAAGGCUUAAAUCUUAUGGAGGUAAUUAUGAUGCGUUUGUGCGUACUAGAGAAGAACAACUAGAAAAUCAGAUGAAACAAUACAAUUGGGAACAAGAUCAGAUUGCUCAUAUGAAGAAUUAUAUUGCACGUUUUGGUCACGGAAGUGCUAAACUUGCCAGACAAGCUCAGAGUAAAGAAAAAACCUUAGCAAAGAUGGUUGCACAAGGUUUAACUGACAAAGUAACCAAUGACAAAUUAGUCACAUUUUAUUUUCCUUCGUGUGGAACUAUACCACCACCAGUUAUUAUGGUUCAGAAUGUGAGUUUCCGGUAUAAUGAUGAUUCACCUUAUAUUUAUAAAAAUCUGGAAUUUGGUAUUGACUUGGAUACUAGACUUGCAUUGGUAGGUCCUAAUGGAGCUGGUAAAAGUACUCUUCUGAAGUUACUUUAUGGUGAACUUUUCCCUACUGAAGGAAUGAUUCGUAAAAAUUCUCAUUUAAGAAUCGCCAGGUAUCAUCAGCAUCUUCACGAACUCCUUGAUUUGGAUUUAUCUCCUUUAGAAUAUAUGAUGAAUUCAUUCCCUGAAGUAAAAGAACGAGAAGAAAUGCGUAAAAUUAUUGGACGUUAUGGUUUAACUGGAAGGCAACAAGUAUGCCCAAUUCGUCAACUAAGUGAUGGUCAAAGAUGUCGUGUUGUAUUUGCUUAUUUAGCUUGGCAAACUCCUCAUUUGUUACUUUUGGACGAACCUACUAAUCAUUUAGACAUGGAGACAAUUGAUUCUUUAGCUGAUGCUAUUAAUCAUUUUGAUGGUGGAAUGGUUUUAGUUAGCCACGACUUCAGACUUAUUUCUCAGGUGGCAGAAGAAAUCUGGAUUUGUGAAAAUGGCAAAGCCACUAAAUGGCAAUCAACUAUCUUAGAUUACAAAGAACAUUUGAAAAAGAAGAUUUUGAAGAACAACAAUGACAGUGCUUCUAAUAAACGUUGAAAUAUUCAAAUACAUUUUUUUCUGCUUUCACAUCAUUGGAACAUUAUAAACAAAAACAAUAAAUACAAUUCAAUUUAUA